UGAAUUAACUAAUUUAUACCGGGGUUUCCUCAAAUUCACCUAAUCAAACACAAAAUACAGAAGAAAAAAACUCAAUUUCAUUUUUUUUUUCUUACAUCACAUACCGCAAAACCCCUGAGAAAAAAAAACAUACACACUCAAAUCAAAGGUGAAAUCAUACCCAAAACCCUGACAAAAACUCCGGUAAACACAGUUAGCGUUUACAAAGCGCUCAAACAUCACUCCAAUCACAUAUUCAAGAGUACCAAUUCAUGAGGCCGAGGUGGCUAGGAAGUGUUAGAAGCUACGCGAAGAAUCUUCGCAUUGAUGGAGUGAAAGAUACCAUAGCUAUUGCCUCCGGUAAAGGUGGUGUCGGCAAGUCCACAACUGCUGUGAAUUUAGCUGUUGCACUGGCAAGUAAGUUUCAGCUGAAGGUUGGUUUACUUGAUGCUGAUGUAUAUGGACCCAACAUUCCUAUCAUGAUGAACAUCGACACAAAACCCAAAGUCACUCUAGAUAAGAAAAUGAUUCCUAUUGAUAGUUAUGGGAUCAAGUGUAUGUCAAUAGGGUUCCUUGUGGAGAAGAAUGCCCCGAUUGUCUGGAGAGGUCCCAUGGUAUCGAAUGCUCUUGAGAAAAUGACAAGGGGAGUUGACUGGGGUCACCUUGACAUUCUAGUGAUAGACAUGCCUCCUGGCACCGGUGAUGUCCAGAUAUCUAUGUCUCAGAAUCUGCAAUUAUCAGGUGCACUGAUUGUUUCAACUCCUCAAGAUGUUGCAUUAAUGGAUGCAAGGAGGGGUGUACAAAUGUUCAAUAAAGUUGAUAUUCCGAUUUUGGGAGUUAUAGAGAAUAUGAGCUGCUUCAAAUGUCCACAUUGUGGCGAACCUUCAUAUAUAUUUGGAAAAGGAGGGGCUAAUAGCACAGCCGCUGAAAUGGGAUUAGAAUUUCUUGGCGAGAUACCACUGGAAGUGGGGAUCAGGGAAGCUUGUGAUCAAGGGCACCCAAUAGUGUUGGCUGCACCUGAUUCCGUAGUUUCUAUAGCAUAUGGAAAUAUUGCUGAAAAAGUUGUUCAGAAACUCAAAGAGCGACAAUUUCAACCAGAAAUUAUACUAUGAUAACUCUCCGGUCUGUGAACAAGAAAAAGCACCGAGCUGGCUUCCCUUAUGCUGUUUACACCAGGGUUUGACUACCACUAAAUUUUGUUGAAAUUGCAGCAUGAGAUGCUGGUCUGGCAUAUGUUAUAGGCUUGUAGAUUCAGGUAUUUUCAAUUUUGUUUAAUAAGCUGUUAGUGGUACUUUGACGUCACAUAGGUGCUGUCAAAUUAGCAGUUUAAUUUAACUUCAACUUUGAGGUUACAUAGAAUUGGCAGCAGUGUUUUUGAUGCCAUUCAUUAAGCUAUAAGGUUCUUUUAUGUGGUUAAUUUGGAUAAAUUGCGGGAAGAUUAUCUUUAGGAAGAGCAACAUAUUGUCAAAAAUAAUACUGAGAAUAUGAUAUUCUUAACAUGGUAGAGGUAGUAUUUUAUCUACAUGUCGUAGUGACUGUAUGGUUAGAUUUAUUCUUAUAAGACAUGAAAAUAAUGUGGUUAUAGAAUGUCCCUUAGUAACUGUCUUUAUGCUUAUAAUGAGCUUAAAUCAAAAUGAUGGCAAUUUAAGAUUUGUUUAUUUUGUGAAAAUAUUUAUGUUGUAUUUUUAUCGGAACACAGUUGUUUCCUCUAUGCUCUACAUUGGUAGUAACGUCGUUAAAUGAUCAUCAUAAGUCUGUUGUGAUUUCACUCCCAGAAACCUCCUAGCAGCAUUAGUGAUUAGGCACCAUCUUGAGUUUGGUGUAAUUUCAGUUAUAAACUUCCACUCAUCAAAUUAUUAUCACCUUCAAGUGUUGACUCGAGGAGCAUGUGAGAAACUGAUUUCUAAGCAGAAUUGAGGUUGUUGAGUGUGGUGAGAAACUGAUUUCUAAGAAGAAUUGAGGUUGUUGAGUGUGGAAAAGAAAAGGUACACUGAUGGUUUAUUAAGUAUGAGUAGUAGGCAUAUCAUAAAUAUGAAAGGGUUAUCGGAG